AUGGAAACAGACGCACGCUCAGAGGGUGGGGCUUUGGAGGAGGCAGCCUCGUCUAUAUGCUUUCCCCCCGAUGGUGAGACACUGCUGAUAGUUUCUAAUACAGGCUGUGUUUACAGAUUGAAACCACUACUGAAUGAUAACAUUGUCAAAGUUCUGGAUGUACUCUGUGGAGAUUUUGUGGCUGUUGCUCCAUUAUACACUGACAGAAGCAUUUGUUUGUCAGUCAGAGAAGCAGGAGACGUACAGCUGUGGGCCCUGGAUGAUGGACUUUGCAUGGGCUCCAUCUCUCUGCAAAUACAUGUAACCAGUGUGGCAUGCUGCCCCAUAGCACAGUAUGUUGUUGUAGGAACAGCCACUGGAGACGUUCUGUUUGUGGAAAUGACCACAAAACAAAAACCCAGACUAGUUCACAGAGUUCAUCUCUGCCAUGUUCCUGUAGACCAUUUGGUGUUUGAUCAAGGUGGCAACUUCUUAAUCACAGGAGCAUCAGACUCACGCAUGUUUGUGCUGGACGCAAGGCCAUCAAAAGGAUUUGAAAUUAUUGGAUGGAUUGAGGCUCCAGGUGCCAUUGUAAACCUAUCCACUCAGUACCACACGGAAAGUAAACAGGUUAAAGUGCUGGUGUUAUGCAGCAAGACCGAGAGAGAAAUCAAUGAGGGAAAUGUGCUUCUGCUACUGACUUUGUUUGUGCAACAGCUUACAGACUCGUCAGGUUGUGUGGAUGUCUAUGGCUGUCUGUGUAAAGAUGCCCUGCACAGCUGCCUAUAUGAGAUCCCUCACGCUCUCUGCUCUUGUGUCCUGGCCAUAAACAAGAUAUUUGGUUACUGCCAACAGAGAAAAGUCUUGCAAAGUUUCAGUAUCCCUGAGAGUGGAGUAAAGCCAUCUAAUGCACAGGAAGCAGUUCACCUGAUCCUAGAGAAGGAGGCAGGGGGCCAUUUACAGAGUCCUGCUUUUCUACAGCUCUCUCCACAUCAAAGCUGGCUAGCAACAGUUGGCAGGGACGGACUGCUGCGCAUUUGUGAGAUCUCAACAAUGGACAGGUAUGUGCAGCUGCAGUGCCACUCAUGUUGGCAGGGUGGAGUCGGAUCUGUUUGUUUCACCCCAGACAGUCAGACCCUCAUCACCUCGGGCCUGAGGGAUGGCUCACUUGUCUGCAGCAGGCUCAGGUUAAAGCUUUCUGGGGCCGGCAAAACAAAUGCAGCUAACCAGUAUGCUCAGUCAGUUCUUCAAGAAGAGACCCAGCAGUAUGCAGAGACCAAAAAGAACCUAAGAAAAAACAUCAAAGUUCUUCGUGACACAAUCAAAGCAAUGAUGCAAGAGAAUGAGAGCCUGCCAGACAUGGAGAAACUUGGGCACCAGGAAUUUAACCUAGAUGUGGAAGAGCAACAGAGGAUGCAGCUCGAGGGAAAACAGGAAGUUACCAGGGUGAAGAAAGAGAUCGAGAUGGAGAAUCUGGCUAAGUGCUAUCAGAGGGAGAUCCUGAAGAAAGAAUGCUGGGAUUCCAUGCAAGUCAAAGGCAAAGCCAUUAAGGCCUUUCAUUCAGAAAAUGAGGUGAAGAACUACCCCAUGAAGGAACGCACUGAAAAAGAACUCGAAGAGCUUCAAAGGAUUGAGACCAUGAGGCAGAUUGAACAGGAAAAUUCACAACUUCAAGAGAUGAUUUUAAACACAAUCUCUGGAGACAAAGAGCAAGAAGAGGCAGAGGACAGUAAGACCGAGAGUCCUGCUCUAACUGGCAGUCUGAGUGCUCUGUAUGGAGGUGUCAAUCCUCAUCUCUACAGCCAGUUUAACUUACACAUCAGAGAGCAGAAAAUCAACCAAAUCACCUUGCUAAAGGAUGUUAUCUACAAAGUGAAGAGCACAUUCAACAAAAAAUUUGAGGCAGUUUACAAGCAGAAGGAACAGGAAAUCUACCGUCUUAGAGAGAAGAACAAGCGUAUUUCUGAGAUUAUGAGCGAGCUGGACCUCAGUGAGACCCUGUGGGAGCCUAGUCUCACGGAUAAUGAGUGUCCUGAGAGAGCUCUUACUGUGACUGACUCCGAGAUCAAGGUUGAGAAAUACCUCACCCCUGAGCAAAAAGAAAAAGAAGAACAGCUAAGAGAGGAAGAUAAACAGCAAAGACUUGCAGCCAAGUCUGACAACAUGAGAGAUCAAGCGCUCAGUGUCAUGAUGGGUGGAGUUCUGGAGCUUAAAAAAGAGGAUGUGCUGAGGAUGGAAGUACCUCAGCCUGAGUUCAUGUCUAGACCUGAGGUACAGUGGACAGAAGAAGAGAGAAAGAGCUUCAAAGAGUUUGAGAAAAAAGCAAAGGAGCUCAGUGAGGAGAAAGAGAAAUACAGAAAAACGUUAGAGACAGAAAUGAAGAAACUGCUGACUUCUAUUAAAGAGGCUACUCAGAUGUUUGAUGAAAAACUCACAAAGCUGUUUGAGAGGAAAGUGAAAUCAGAGAUGGUCAUAUACCAAGAGGAGCUCAAGAUUACAAAUCUGGUUCACUCCAUUCAAACCGAAGAAGAGAUCCUAAGCAGAGAGAAACAGAUGAGUCUUAAACUUGAAAAGGCACGAAUUGUAAAGAAUGAAAUUGGGGAGGAAUUGAAAAAACACAAGGAGACUGUUGAUGAGUUUAGAGAGGAGUAUGAUAUCACAGGGACUGAGGACAAACUUCUUGACAAAGGAUUUCGCAAAGAGUUUUUUGACGUUCCAGGACAAAUAAUUGACCAGCUCUAUAAGCUUUACAAACGCAGACCAAGGGUCCAGAGGAUAAAAACACAGACUGAAAAUAACCAGUUUAAAGAGGGAGCACUAUUGGGAACUGCACCAUCUGAUGGACUGUCUCUGAUGAUGAAGGCCAUGGAAGAAUUGGACGCACCAGAGAACAUGCCGGAAGGAUUAGAUCCGUUUGUGUGGGAGAGGUUUUGCCUGGCCAGACGGGCCAAAGUGGAAAGUGAACAAAAGGUCAAACUAAAAGCAUUGACCCUGGCGGAGAUGCAGGCUUUUCUUCAGAGGAGAACAGAUGAGGACGAGAAAGCUCAGCUUGAAAUAAAAAAUCUGAUUGAUGAACUCAAUAGCAUCUGUGAAGAAAAGAUGAGGUUUCGACUAGACAGUAUGGUGCAGAUCGUUCUACAGCAAGGUCAGGUGGAGGUGGAGGCUGGAGACUUCAUUGCUGAUUUUACUAAUGCUUUGCUAAUACAUCGCAAAGUAACUGAGGACCUCAACAGCGCCAUCAGGGCUUUAGGAGAUCAGAAGAUCGCCAGCAUGGUGGAGUGUAAAGACUUCCGCAAAGGAAUCAUACAGCAGGAGUGGGAUCACAGGAGAAUGAGAAUGCAGCUGGAGGAUCUCAGCAAUAAAGCAAGAGACAUACAGACCCUGCGCAUCACUCAGGAGAUUCAAGAUUACCUAAACGAAACCAGUAAUGACAACAGGGUGUCAAAGCAGCUCACAACUCUGGAGACGACCCUUGAUUUACAGAAAACGACUCAUCAAAAGAAAGUUGAGGCUUGCAAGAAACAGAUAAAGCACCUGGACAGACAAGGUGUGCAAAUGCAAGAGAAGAGCACAGCCCUCGACUUGAAAGUGGCUGACAUGGAGAUAACUGUUGCAGAGAGAAGAAAUAUUUACGAGGCUGUUGCAAUGGGAGAUAACCAGGAGACAGAGGCAGAGAAGAACUACCAAGACAUCAUCUUGAGAAAGAAGCUGUUGAACAUAGCUGGAGCACAAUCUGAAGAGAUACUCACACUGCAAACGGAGGUUGAGAAGCUGCGUAUGAAGAACUUCCCAUCUCUUUCUCAACUAAACUACAACUGAUUCCGGAUAC